AAUACACUAAUAGCAUAAAACCUUAUAGAUUUUCAGAGUUCAAUUUAUUUCUUUUCUUUGUGAGUGCUAAUAAAAAAUUGGCAGCUGGGGAUGGGAAGUGCAUUGGAGACAUUAUGCGGGCAAGCAUUUGGUGCAGGACAUCUGAGGAUGCUGGGAAUAUACAUGCAAAGAUCUUGGGUUAUUUUGCUCACCACGGCUUGUAUUUUGGUUCCCGUUUAUGUCUUUUCUCCUCCAAUUCUCCUUUUGGCUGGUCAAACCACUCGCAUCUCAAAUGCUGCUGGAAAAUUUGCUUUGUGGAUGAUACCACAAUUGUUUGCUUAUGCAAUGAACUUUCCAAUUCAGAAAUUCUUACAAGCUCAGAGGAAAGUGUUAGUGAUGGCAUGGAUAUCUGCUGGUGUUCUUGUGCUACAUGUCCUUUUUAGCUGGUUAUUCAUACUGAAACUUAAAUGGGGAUUAAUUGGAGCAGCUGUCACUCUGAAUAUCUCGUGGUGGCUCAUUGUAAUUCUACAGCUUCUCUAUAUCUUUGUCACCAAAUCUGAUGGAGCUUGGACUGGUUUCUCAUCCUUGGCAUUUCAAGACUUGUUUGGAUUUGUCAAGCUAUCUUUGGCCUCUGCUGUCAUGUUAUGCUUGGAGUUCUGGUAUUUGAUGAUACUGAUCAUAAUCACAGGUCUUCUGCCUAACCCUUUGGUGCCAGUUGAUGCUAUGUCUAUAUGCAUGAACAUUAAUGGAUGGCAGGCCAUGAUUUCUUUAGGAUUUAAUGCUGCCAUCAGUGUGAGAAUAUCAAAUGAACUUGGAGCUGGUAAUGCACGACUUGCAAAAUUUUCAGUGAUUGUAGUCUCCUUAACAUCAACUGUCAUAGGAGUAGCUUGCAUGAUUGUCGUGCUAGCAACAAGAGAAUAUUUUCCCUACCUUUUCACUAACAGUGAAGCAGUUGCCAAUGAGACAAAGAAACUGGCAAUGUUGCUUGCCUGGACAGUUCUAUUAAACAGCCUUCAGCCUGUCUUAUCCGGUGUUGCUGUUGGAGCUGGAUGGCAGGCACUUGUGGCAUAUAUUAACAUUGCCUGUUACUAUAUUGUUGGUUUGCCGGCUGGUGUACUUUUGGGCUUCAAAUUUGAUUUUGGAGCUAUGGUGAACUUCUAAAAUAUAUAUCCCGAAUUCAACUUCAAGCAGU